GGGGUUCGAUAUCGCUUCUCUCUUUAUAUAAGACUCUAGUCACUACCGCCAACUACCAACUAUCGCUUAGCCAUGCGCCUAGCGAUGUUUGUUGCAAAUUUGAAUGAUAUGCAAAAUAUUUAUUUUAGAAGAAAGAAAGCAAUUGAUUUAUUUGUUUGAUUUUUGCUUAUUACUGUUCCAUUUUUGAUACUCUCCAAGGCAGAUAAAAAUGUUGGUUACAAAGAAAUUUCGAAGUCCUAUUAAACUUUCGUCAAGUAAUCCUGCCGAUGUGUAUUCUCAUGAUUUACAAUUGUAUCAGAAUGUUCCUUUCGGAGAGAUAACAUUAGAUGAACUGCAAGAAAUCAGUGAAACGCGGCUCAAAGUUCUCUCUUUGGUAGAACAUAUUCAUUUACAAAAAUUGACAAUGUCAGUAUCACAACGCAAAGCUAUCCUGGUUGAAAUGUUAUGCAAAGAAGGAUUAGACGAAUUUGCAAGGUUGAUUGAUAGUCCAGGAUGCAGAUCGCACACUGAUAUGGAUAUACAUAAUAGAAGAAAAGAUCAUAUAUCUCACUUUAUAUUAAGAUCUGUAGUUGCCUUUGACUCGCUUAAAAAGCGCUGGUUCUUUAAGCAAGAAUCACGACUGUUUAAGUGGAGGUUCUCCUCAUUGGAUGAUGAAGGAAUCAAACAGUUCAUACGUGUUAACAAUUUCGAUCUUAUACCAAUCAAUCAGAGUGAAAAGGAAGAUAUCAGAGAUUAUCUUCAAAUUUCUUCUCCACAUGUUAGUAAUAUCAACAAUACACAUUUCUACAGGAUACCUUUCUCUCACAUAGCCAGUUUAAUUAAAAAUCGUAAAGUUUUUGUUAUGCAAGGUGAAGCUUUUGUACCUGAACAAGACUUGGCAUUUGUAUUUGCAUCACAUUUUAGGAGAAUUCUCAUAUCAAAUUUCGAAAUUGCGCGUGAAGCUAGAGCUAAUUCGUGCAAUGAUGAAAGGUUUACUGGCAUCUUUGCCAAUUUGGCAAAAAUGAUUCAUACAGAAAAUACCAUUCUGGUACAUGACAAAGAGAUACAACAAUAUGUUUCACUCAACAAAUUGGAUAUGCUUGCAGAAACUUCUUAUCCUCUCUGCAUGAGAGUGCUUCACAAAGCAUUAAGAAAGAAUCAUCAUCUUACACACGGUGGUAGAGUACAAUACUGUUUGUUCCUAAAGGGCAUGGGACUUUCUUUGUCCGACGCGAUGACCCUUUGGAAGGAUGAAUUUACAAAAGUAAUGAAUGAUACUGCAUUCAAAGAGCACAGCUAUACCAGUCAUCGACUGUUGGACCUAGAGAUUAUCACGGAUGUCCUUUUAAACAUAUGCUACACGAUGUACUUGAAAACGAACUUGUUGAUUGCGGUUUUAGCGCGUUGGGUAAGUAUCACAAAAUCUUCAUUUAUAUAAUUAUAAUGUGAAUUCUUUUAUAUGUUAACUAAUUUAUUAAACCAGAGAGAUCAGCGAUAAUAAACUUGUCUGAGGCCGGCCAAUAUUCCGCGGCAUGUAACAAGUGCUACGAAAUUAAACAUGAUUGUUUGAACGAUACCUUAUUUGAACAUCCAAAUAUAUAUUUUAACGAGAGUGUAAAACAACACACUUUAUGAUGAGAUUUAUUUCUAUUUUAUGUGUAUAAAAAAACCAUUUACUAUAUUUUGUACAAAAAUUUAAAAUUACAAUAAAAUUAAAGAUCUAGAUCUGAAAAAAAGAGAAGCAUAUUAAUCAUCAUAUAAAAUGAUGAACAUUGAAGAAGUUAGAACUAUUAGAACCGUUGCAAGUUAUAUUUAAUACUAUUAUAUUUAAUAUUUUCAACAGAAAGUAUAUAAUGUUUUUUUGUACAGAUCCCUGAUUAUGAGUAUAUAUAGGAUGUUUCAGAUUAUUCUGUUUAAAAUUAAGUUUCUUUUAUUAAAAAUCCUAAAAAUGAUAAAUAAAUCGGGUACACUUUAUCGAAUGAUGAUAUUUUUAACUUCUCGUUCGAUCGGAACUGAACUUUAAGAUCUAGUGUUGAAUUUUUAAAAUAUAACAUAAACUUUUUAUUGAUUUAAAUUACAUGCAAAAAAAUAAGUAACUUUUGUCUCAAACAUUUUUCUAGAAAAGUGCUUCCAUAAAAUGACCUUUAAAAUGAUCUUAAAAAUAAAUGUGAUAAAAAAAUAAAUUUAAAUGUACGAUUAAUAUAGGUAUUUAGAAAAACUAUCUGAGACAAGUUUAUUUUUUUACGUGUAAUUCGAAUCUGUAAUAAAAAGUAAAAUGUCUCUUAAUUUUAAAAAGGAUGGUUUGGGAACACUGCAUAUGUGUGUGUAUACACACAUAUAUAUAUAAAAUUUAUUUAAAACUAAUAAGAUGUAAAAUAUUUCCAAAAUGUUUUUCAAGUCUGAUAAGCAAUUAAAACUAGUUAAUUUCAUUUUGCUAAUAACGAGUUAACAAGUUUUUAGCGACUUUUCAAUUUCAAAUCAUAUUAUUUUUAUUUUAAUUACCAUAAUAAAUGAAUAAUAAGUUUUAGUAUUUCUUAACACUGAAAAAGAUAAUUAUUUUCAAUAUCAAAAUUAAUUUAAUUAUAGUACUUUAGUUAACUUUAAUAAUUUAUAUUAAAAUAGUUCACAUGUUUAAAUUUAUAAAGUAUAACGUAAUGUAUUGGUAUAUAAAAACACGUGCGUUAGUAUUGAGGUACAUCUUCAUGUAAUAUUUUUGUUUGGUUGAGAUGUAUUUUAAUUUGAAUAAAAUAUUUCUUUUGACAAUUAUAUGAUUGUGAAUUUAAGAACGCGAUUCAAUGAUAAAUAUAACGUAAUUUUUUCUUUCCUUUUCAACAAAAUAAUAGGCUUGACACAAUAACAAAAAACAUCACAUCAAAAAAUAUUGCCACGAUACAACACAGUAUAAUUUACUAUGUUCCAUGAUUUUUAUUCUGUAGUCAUUGCUGUGGCGAUACGUAAGUACCGAAUGAUAUAUGUAUGUACAUUUAAGUGUUAGAAGUAACGAGCAAUAUUUAUGUACAAGUACACCGAAUUAUAAACACUUAAUACUCGCCAUACCUUACAUAUUAUUACCUUAGUCAAUUCGUAACGUUGUACCGUUGUCUCAUUAAAUGCUAUUUAAAGCAAGACUACAUGAUUGAAGAGUAUGGGGAAUUUUUGGCACAGUUUGUUAUCUUAAUAAAAACAAAACGAGUCUGUGUUAAACAAAUCCUAAAUGUAACUUAUCAAGAGAUACGGAAGAAAUGCUU